GGCACAGGACACACUGAACUGUGAAGCGGAGCGAGAGAGGAAAAUAUGGUCUUUGCUGGACAGGACGCGUGGCGAAAGCACCCGAUGCUGACGGGCUGCUACAAGCGACCUUUCCCCGGCCUUGGUAUUGCAUUGGGCCUCUUUGCGGGCUACUGCGUACUGGAUGGGACAAUCAAGUUUGCAACAGCUCCCACCAAAGAUUUAUACGGCCCGGAAGCGUUCAAGUUCGAGGCUCAGGUCGAAGACGACGAAUAGUGGAGCGUGUUAAGUGUACUACAACAACCGAGGGCCCGCGGUAGCAUGGCGCUAUCUAUCGAGGGAAAUACCGAGGAGGGUUUUCUCCGUGCCCAACCCUACUGAGCGGGGCGUUUGAUUUUGUGAGGGUGGCCCGGCCGCCGUUGUUUGGGAUCAUUGUUUUGCUUUUUCUAUCGGUUCUUGUUGCGUGUUUCCCAGCUGUAGACCACGGGGUUGACGGUGGGACGAGGACGGCAAGCAUUUUCGGUUGUAUCUAUCGCGGCCAGAUAUUCGACACUUUUCAACCGGUUGCAGCGUAGCGGUAGUCGUUCAAAAUCGCCGCCGAAGCGAGUGGGAGAUGUCUGCAGGAGUUGUCAUGUUCCCGAUAAGCAUCGAACUCGAUGAUACACACCACUGGGCAUGAUUGUUCGGGGUUGCUCGCGGGGAGAAUAUGGUCGAUCGAUGUACACGGCCGAACAGCCCAAUCAACGAGUAUGAACUUCGGAUGGAUGGGCAUCGAAGCUGUAUCUGCCCAACUGCUCGAAGAGUGUAUGAACUCUGGAUGGAUGGACAUCGAGGUUGCAUCGUGCCAUGGAUCGGUUACCCGUUAGUGUUUCGUGACUAGACCAUCAGCGACAUGAACGGACGCGUGUAUAUUCCGUUCCUUGCCGAAGGGACAAUACCCCCUGUCGACGUAAAGUCAUGGGUGUGUCUUGUCUCGACUACUGCGCGAAAAUGAGGCAGAUACAGCACGUCUAAAGAGCGAAAUGACACAACGGUGCCAACAAAGAGCCUCGAGCACAGCCGUGCGCACCCCAACAAUUCUAAAGUUUCCACUGUUUGCGUUCAAAGACCUGUAGGCAAAGGCUCGAAACGAGUUUUCAACUCGCAACGCUCCAUCCCGGUGACGAGCAGCUGACGAUCUGGUUACGGCUGUUUUUUGGCCGGCCUUAGAAAAUCGAAGCGCGGGUGCACCGCUUUUGGAAACCCUAACAAUCCUACACUAGAGCGUCGAAGUUGUUUAUCCCAAUCCCCCGAAGCGUAUGGAACCACACAACACAUUCCGCACAGAAAAGGGGCGUUGAAACACGCCUGCUGUACCCGCCCGUAUGCAUAUGACGCACUACGCACCCGGCAAGAAACACUGAAAAUACCCCCGUGCAUGAAAAAAAAAACUGACUUAAUCGUUAGUAACCGUCUCGGGGAUUGCUCUAGGUUCGUUCUCAAGAAACGGAUUGACAAGCUCAUUCACACUCACCCUUGAAACUCGAUCAAGCCGACUCAUUUGGCGCCUACCAGAGCGCUACUCCGGCCCCAACACUAUUUGAAGACGAUAAUCAAUCUUGAAAGUGACAACGACAGACACAACAGCAAACACAAACAGGAAGAGUGCAAAACAGCUUCGCCAUGGCGGCACCCAAAAAAAUACUUGAAAAAAAAUACCCCGAUAAUUCCUCAAGAGAGAAAAGAAACUUACCUCACGCUCUGCUUCUCUCUGCCGCACGACCAACCCCCCCAUUCUGGUGAAUGACUACAUCCAACGUCUUGCGUUAAACAUGUCGCUAAGGAACAUUGUCAACCAAAGUGUCAACCCCGCCGACUUGACUCGCAACAUUUCUGGGUCUCGUGACACAAUCGUGUCGCUCCCCAUCAACACCCAACUCAAACCUCAAACUCUGUCCCACAAUAAUCCAACAAAAACAAGCACGGCGCGCUCUCGCAAACACCAUUGCAGAACCCUGACCAGUACCCCUGCGCGCAUGCAUCCCCC